CAUUUCUUCCUCUCUGUUUGUGCUUUUUCUACUAUUCUCUUAAAAGCAAAAAUGGCAUACUCAAAGGUGAUCAUUGCUCUAAUGUUGGCGUUUAUCGCCGGAUCUGCUUUCGCACAAGCACCGGGAGCAUCUCCGGCAGCUUCUCCGAAGAGUUCGCCGUCACCGGUGGCGACUCCUCCUUCAACUACAUCAACACCACCUGUCUCUGCUCCUGCAAAUGCUCCUACUACUGCAUCUUCUCCAUUGGCAUCUCCACCAGCUCCACCAACUACUGAGACUCCGUCGUCGUCUCCUUCCGGUGCUGCUUCUCCUCCAUCAAUCGCCGCUGCUCCCGGAGGUUCUCCUACUGAAUCUCCUAACUCUGCUUCCUUGAACAGAGUCGCCAUCGCUGGAUCUGCUGUUGUUGCUGUCUUUGCUGCUGCUUUGAUGCUUUAAAUCUCUGAUCUGUGAGAUAUUUCGCAUUUUUUUCAUUCGCCGGAAUUGAUGGAUUCACGCUUUUAUUUAUGGUUUAGAUAUAGUUUCACUACAGCUAUUGAUUGAUUUAUUUGUAUUAUAUUUUUAUUGUUAAAUAUUAUUACGGGAUUCUUUGUUUAUUUA